AUGCCUAAGACUGGAAAUUUGAACAUACCCAUUCAGGCACAGACUCGACUAAAAACUCAGAUAAGUUCAGAUAUCGAUACGACACCUACAUCGGAAACAAAGAAUGUUACGGUUAGACAAAAACGACAUGCAUCAGGUACAGUAUCUGAAGCUUCUGAAGUAUUGCACACUGACAAUUACUUAACUGAGGAAAACCUACGUGACAUUUUAGCAGACACUAUUGCGACUAAGGUAACAGCUCAAUUAAAGUCUCUAGAAGAACAAUUUAAUGGAAUGCGCGACGCCGUGACUUUCUUCCAUCAAAAGUACGAAUCUUCAAUCAAAACAAUGCUUGAAGAAAAAAGUAAAGUUGUUCAUGCUCUCGAGUGCGACAAUGUAAAGCUGAAAUCUACUGUCACGGAUCUUUCGAUAAGAUUAAAUUUACUAGAACAAAAUAUGAGAGAAAGCAAUAUCGAAAUUAAUGGAAUCCCGGACCACAAGGCAGAAAAUCUUACAAACACAUUUCGCAGAUCACUAAAGUUGUAG